AUGAUUACAUCUUCGACAGAACUUAGCGGGCCAGAAAAAACGAAUUCGAGGAACACUGUCCCUAGGCACGUUAAAUUAGCCUUCCACAAUCCUGUUCGUUGUCGAAUCAUUUGGUUGACAAUGCAUCUUCAGAAGGUUGGUUCAAGAUCAGUUAAUUUCAGAAAAGACUUCAAUAUGGUUUCUCUAGAUGAAAAGGCACAGCUGGCUCGAUGUUCAUCUUUUGGAGGGGUGACCAAAACUCAACCGUGCCUUCAUGCCAAAAGAAUUGUAGUUUUUGGAAGACCAGUUAGCAAUGAUUUGGAUCUUCCUCAACCAAAUGGAUCCAAUCAAAUAAAUAUUAAGAGCUGGUUGGAUAAACCUCCUCGAUUGAAUAGAUUCAAGGUUCAUUCUGACUCCUAUAAACGAUUUCCUUUCAUCCAGUAA